CAUGGCGCCCAGAGCAGAAGGCGCGGCGGACGGAAGAACGAAAAAGCCGAAAACUCCGGCGGUACCUGACGGCACCGCCAUGGUGAGGGGGCUGCUGGCAGAGACAGUCCUGGGGUUUAUCUUCUGGUCACUGCUGCACGGGUUCGGCCCCAUGAUCUGGUUCUACCCGCUGAACGAGCUGGAGAUAUCGGGUUACGAGGCGUUUGUGCUGGCGGCCUUCACGCCCGUGCUGGCGGGAGUCGGCGCGGUGUUCAGCGCCCUGCAGACCCGGUGGGGACUGGCGCUGCUGCGAGCCGUCAUGGUCGUGUGUGCCUCCUUCCAGGCCCCGUCCACCCUCUCCAGACUGGUGGUGCUGGCCAUGGGGAACGCAGCGGCCAUGCUGGUGUUCGUCGGCACGCUGUGGAAUAAAUCUGCUUUCCAAAGACCUUUCAAUAACUAUGAGAACCCUGGGAAGGAGGAGAAGGCUCAGCGACCCAGCUGGAUUCUGGUGUCCCUGGGUUUCGGCAGCCUGCUGUUCCUGACCCAGGCGAUCUAUGGGGAGGUGUCUGUGGUGUCCCGCUGGGUCGUGACUGGGUACCCCGACCCAGGCCCUGCACCUAACCCAUGGGGGAGCCUCGUGCUGCUGGGAUUAGCUAAUGGUAUGCUGCUGUCCUCCUCUGAUUGGCUGACAGGAAACCCCCUGUGGUUCCUGGUUGGAGGGGUAGGGGGCGCUGCUGCAAUCCAGUUCCUCCCCACGUACCAGGGGUUUCUGGGUGGUGUUCUGCUGGCGGUUUACACCAUGUCCAUCUGGCCACAGAUGAGUGACCGGCUCGUCCUGUGCCCCCCCGCCAGGACAAUGGUACUGACCCUCGCUGUGUACCUGGUGCAGAUGUUUGGCAUGGUGUGGUGUACCGCCUACAACUUUGUACCACUGGGAGAGUACACCAGAGAGAGAACGUACAUCCUGCUGGCCAUCUCCGUGCUGUGUGUGGGCGCCGCCAUGCACCUCACCAGGACUCACGGCUCCAGCCUCGCCUUCCUCAACAUCGACUCUGCUGGACCACACAACCUCUUCAAGAAGUUUGUCGGACCUUUUCUGUCCAUAAUUGUGAUCGGAGGCCUGGGAGGAUUUGUGUGGAGACACAACCCACAACCUUUCAACCACCCAGCUAAGACUGACCCUAAGGAGUUCACCAGUCUGAUCUGGACGUUCCACUUUGGGUACGACAACCGCGGCUGGCCCAGCUUCGAGAGGGCCGCCAGGAUGCUGGAGGAAACGGGAGCUGACGUGAUCACGUUACUGGAGAGUGAUGCCUCGAAGCCGUACCUGGGAAAUAACGACCUGGCCAUGUGGCUGGGGGAGCGGCUCGACAUGCACACCGACUUCGGGGUGUCCACACGGGACCACACAUGGGGGAACCUGCUCCUAUCCAAGUACCCCAUUGUGAGGUCGCACCACCACAUGCUGCCCUCCCCGCAUGGUGAGUUGGCGCCGGCCAUCAGCGCUACAAUCAACAUCUCAGGCAGCCUGGUGGACUUUCUCACUACGCACAUGGGGAACGACAGAGACAACCUAGACAGAAAACUUCAGGCAGAGUUCCUGUCAGAAAUAGCAAAGAACAGUGGAAACCCUGUAGUGUUCCUGGGUUAUGUGACAUCAUCACCUGGAAGUAGGGACUACAGAAAACUACUCAACAAUGGUGGGAUGAAGGACAUAGACUCGACUGACCGGGACCGGUGGUGUGAGUACAUCAUGUAUAAGAAGCUGACCAGGCUGGGUUAUGCCCGGGUGUCCCACGGAGGCCUGAGCGACACGGAGGUGCAGAUGGCCAAGUUCAGGAUCCCUCACGACCCACAGAGUUACCAUGACAACGGGAGGCUGACGACCGAUCCUGCAGAGGUGGAGCCGCAGGUCCUGUUCACGGACAGGUUUGGGUCAUUUUUCCGCGGCCACUCCUACUCCAAAGAUCAUCACUACCACAUGGACACACCAAAGUACUUCUUACCCUAAAUAUUCCAGUACUGCUUUCCUCAGUUAAUAAAUUUUGUACUUAUUAUCUAGUGUUAAACAUAUCACAGAGUGUAAGACAUGGAACACAAAGUCAUUCUUGUAUGGGUAAUAUUCACUGGUGCAUUCAGGGGUUAUUAGAAGUGAAACAUACUUUUAGAUACAUCAAAUGUACCAUGUAUGGUACUGUACUGUAUAGUGUAUAUACAGUCACAUACAUGUAUUACAUAGUGUAUAUGAUGGUACUGUAAAUGCAAGUAAUCUCAUGGUGAUCAAAUUCUGCAGUCAGCGGAAAAAUGCAGUGUUCGCAAUGGUCUUGAG